AUGGAAGUAUGGUAUAUAAAAUAAAGAGAGAGCUUAGAAAUAAUUUAAAUGUUUAAAUAUGAAAAAGAAUAGAAACUUAGUAAAAAUGUAUAUUUAUAUUAAAUUAUGUUAAAUCAAAAAUGCUUUAUGGUCAAUUUCUUACAAAGCAUGAUACUCUCAUACUCAAUAUAUAACUAAUUUGAAAGUGCUUGUCUCCUCAAUUUGAUACAAUUAAUAAUUAUUAGUUCAAUUACAUUUGUAUUAAUACUUCUAUAAAAUGCCUUUAAUAAGUUCAUGUUGUAAGGAACUAUCAUUUGUGUAGAAUUAGAUAUGAUUUGUUUGAUAAUAAUGAAUAUUCAUAAUUUAGGUAGAAUACCCUUUUCGUAAAUAAUAAUAGGUUAGAUGAUAAUAAAAUAUCUCUUUUUAGACUUUAAAUUAGGUUAAAAAGCUCAAUUAUUUGCAUUUUAAGUAAUAAUUUCAAUAUUUUUAUUGGGAUAUUCAUAUAUAAGAAUAGAAUUUGAUAAAGAAUAGCCAUAAUUAUUGACAUCGUUAAUAAUAUCAAUAUACUUAAACUCUACUUUACCAAAGAAAUAACAAUAACAUAUGGCAUAGAUUUUAACAGAAAUAACUCAUACAAAUAAAUAAGAAAUUUUGAAUUCAAAAAGAAAUGUUUCAUAAUAUGAUUUAGAUUAAAAUUUAAAUUCUUUAGGUCAUAGAGAUACAUCAGCUACUAUUGAUAUUGGUAUUUAGGAAACAACUAUUUAAUGUUUAGAAUUAUUAUAAGAGGGAGUUAUUUUGCUUGUUCCAGAAUCCACUUCUUCAAAUUUCCCUUAUGCAAUUAAAUAUAUAAAUCAGGCUACUAAAAUGUUAUUCAAUAAGGAGACAGAACAAGAAGUGCUUUAAUUUAUUGAUGGAUUAAAUACAUUUUAAUUAGUUAAUGGAGAACCAAAUGAAGAUUUAUUAUUUGUUUCUUAGUUCUAAAGAUAACCCUCUUUAUAUCUCUUUAAAUAAACUACAGAAAUUAAAGAUUAAGCAUAUUUAUAAUAAAGAAAUCUAAGUUUAGAUAUAUAAUAGGGUUAAGAAAAGAAUUAAAGAUACAAAAUUAAAUAUAUUAUAGAUAUGUUAUUAAAAUCUAAAAAAUAAGAAUGUAUUGUUGUUUAAACUUAAUUGAAUUAAAAAUUUACAGUUUUUACAAAUUAAUUAAUAUAAACAUCUCAAACUUAUAUUAAUUUAGAGAAUAAUUAAUUAUUAGAACUUACAUUAGCUUUACGUAAAAAUUAAAAUAUCAUAAUAAUUUGUAGGGAUGUUAGUCAUCAACAAAAAAUAAGAUAUUUGAAAGAAUAUGAUAAACAAAAGUCUAAAAUGCUAUCAUUUGUUAGUCAUGAAUAUCGUUCUCCAUUAAAUUGUAUUAUUUAAAUGUUAGAAUGUGUUCUUAAAUAAAAUAGAAUUCAUAAAGAUCCUAUUUUAAAUGAAUAAUUGUAAAUAGCCUUAGAUAAUUCAAAUUAUAUUUUAAAUUUAUCUAAUGAUUUGUUAGAUUUAGCUUAAAUAAAAAAUGGAAAAUUUAAAGUAGAAAAAGUACAUUUUAAUUUAUAAUCAUUAAUUGAGGAAUGUCAAAAAAUGUUUGAAUUGAAAGCUAAAUUAAGAGGUGUAGAAUUAUGUAUUAAUUAUAAUAGACUUGUUCCAUAAUCUUUAUAUUCUGAUAGGAAUAGAAUUAAAUAAAUUAUAAUAAAUCUAUUAAGCAAUGCAUUCAAAUUUACUUAAAGUGGAAAAAUAAUAAUAAUUCUUGAAAUGGUAAGAUCAAAUACUAUAAGAAUUGGAGUUAAAGAUGAAGGAAUUGGAAUUUCAGAAGAAGAUUAGUUAAAAUUAUUUAAAGCAUUCUCAAAAGUUAAUUCUGAAGAAAGUAGAAAGCUUAAUCAAUAAGGUGUUGGAUUAGGACUAGUCAUAAGUAAUUAGAUUGCUUAAAAUAUUGGAUCAACAGGACUUAAUAUAGAUUCAAAAAAUGAAAAAAAUAAUCAUUAUUGCCAUUUUUAUUUUGAUAUGUAAAUUGAUUUAAUUUUGAAAAAAAAAGUCUAAAGUUAUAGAGUCCGUGAAAUUUCAAUAUAGCCUUAAGAAGUUGAUGAAAUUACUAGUAUUUAAAAAAGACCUUCAAAUAUAAAGGAAGAUUAAUCAACUUAAUAGAUAUGUCUUCAUUAUUUGAUAGUUGAUGAUGAUUGUUUUAACAUUGUUGUAUUCAAAGGAAUGUUAUAAGAAUUGUAUAAAAAUAAAAAGCAUUUGUUUUUAAGUGAAUUUGAUAUUGAUUAAGCUUUAUCAGGUAAAGAAUCAUUAGAUAAAAUUAAAUCAAAAAAGUGUUGUAGUACUUGUUAAGGUUAUAAAAUUGUUUUUAUGGAUAUUGAAAUGCCUAUAAUGAAUGGAUAAUAAACAUCUAAAAUUAUUCAAUAAAGCUUUCCAAAUUAAAUUAUUAUUGGCUGUAGUGGUUAUACAGAUUAAUAAGAAUAUGAAAAGUGCAUCAAUUCUGGAAUGGCAGACUUUUUAGUUAAACCUAUAAAAGAAUUAUCAUUAAUUUAAAUACUCAAAAAGUAUUAAUGAUUAUUUGAAUCUAUUUUUUUUGUUUUCCUAUAUAUUUCAUCAUUUCUAAAAAUAAUAGUUAUUUUACAUAUAAACAGUUAUUCUUAAAAUUAUUAAUAUGUUUUCAUUAAAUUUAUUAUAUUAGUUAACAGAUUAUUUGAAAUAAUUAAUAUGGACAAAUUACCAAUAGGUUAUGUAAAAGGAAAAGGAAAUGUAUAUAUGAAUUUGAAUAAUUAAGCCCCUUGAUAAAAAAGUACCAAAGAAUAAAUAAUAUGAUCAUGUUAAACAAACAUUAAAUACAGGACCAACAGUGAGAGAUAUUGAAGUUGUAAGUAAUUCAAAAAUAGCUAAAAAAAGAUCUGAAUUGUUUAAACGUAUCAAGUGUUCAACUGUAUUUAACUUCAUAAGCGUAUAUUUUGUAUAUUAUGAAAGGAAAAUACAGAAUAAGAAACGAUUUAUAAAUUAGCAGAUUAAUAACAAUAAGAAUAAGAUCCAUUAUAAUAAUUUGAUACAUAAAGUCAAUAUAGUUAAAAAACACGAUUUACUGAGGUGUCUUAAGUUUCUGCAAUUACAUAUGCCACAGAAUAGUUGGGAAUUACAGAUUAAUCAGAAUUUCUACUUUUAGAUUUAAGAGAUCCAGAUGAAUUUGAACUUUAUCAUAUAAAAGAAGCAGUCAAUUUUCCUGCUCCUAAUCUAAGAUAAGACAAAUUAACUUAAUAAAUUCAUAGAUUUGUACAUUUAAAUAUUCAUGUAGAAAAACUAAAAAGACAAACAUAUAAUUAUUUAUCAUUUUGAUGAAAAGAACGGAAUCCCAUCGGCUACAUUAUUUGCAGAAAAAGGCUUUGAAAAUGUUUAUCUCUUGAGUGGUGGAAUUGAAAAAUUUCUUUAAAAUUUUCCUUAAGGUGUUAUAGGAAUUAAAGUACCUUCCAUUCCAAAACCAGAAGGUAUGAUAUUUAAAUAUAAUAUCAGAAAAUCCUAAUAAAAUUAUUAAAAGGUCUAAUUACAAAGAAACUGAUUCGUAAAUAAAUAAGUCAGAAAAAAAUAUUAGUGAUUCAAAAUCCCAAAUUAGUUAGAAAACAAAAAUCACUAGAUAAUCAAGCUAACAGAAAUAAUAGUAAUAGUAAUAUAUUGAUAAAUGA